AUGAGCGACUCUGCUGUUGAAAAGGUUACCAAGGAACUCUCUGAGCUCGAUGCAAAAGAUGCUGCUGCCACUAGCGGUCAAGAACAAGUUGUUACACCAUGGGAUGUCGCUGGUGCUGUCGAUGAGCAAGGUGUUGCACAAUCUAUUGAUUAUGAAAAGUUGAUUACACAGUUCGGCACCAAACCAGUUAACCAAGAAACUCUAGAAAGAUUUGAAAGAGUCACUGGUCACAAACCACAUCAUUUUAUGCGUAAGGGCUAUUUCUUCUCUGAACGUGAUUUCAAUAAGAUUUUAGAUCUCUAUCAACAAGGUAAGCCAUUUUUCUUAUAUACUGGUAGAGGUCCAUCAAGUGAUUCCAUGCACAUGGGUCAUAUGAUUCCUUUUGUUUUCACUAAAUGGUUGCAAGAUGUAUUCGAUGUUCCAUUAGUUAUUGAAUUGACUGAUGAUGAAAAGUUCUUAUUCAAGCAUAAAUUAACCAUUGCUGAUGUAAAAAAGUUUGCUAUUGAGAAUGCUAAGGAUAUUGUAGCCGUUGGUUUCAACCCUGAAAACACUUUCAUCUUUUCUGAUUUACAAUAUAUGGGUAGCGGUUUCUAUGAAACCGUUGUUCGUGUUUCAAGACAGAUUACUGGUUCUACAGCAAAGGCUGUUUUUGGUUUCAAUGAUUCUGAUUGUAUUGGUAAAUUCCAUUUUGCAUCCAUCCAAAUUGCUUCUGCUUUCCCAAGCUCUUUCCCAGAUGUCCUUGGCUUGCCAGACAAGACACAAUGUUUGAUUCCAUGUGCCAUUGAUCAAGAUCCAUAUUUCAGAGUGUGCAGAGACGUUGCAGAAAAGCUAAAGUUUGCUAAACCAGCUUUAUUGCAUUCCAAGUUCUUCCCAGCUUUACAAGGGUCUACCACUAAGAUGUCUGCAUCCGACGACAGUUCUGCCAUUUUUAUGACUGAUACACCAAAACAAAUCCAAAAGAAAAUUAACAAAUAUGCGUUCAGCGGGGGUCAAGUUUCUAUUGAUUUACACAGGCAGUUAGGCGGUAACCCAGAUGUUGAUGUUGCAUAUCAAUAUUUGGCUUUCUUCAAAGAUGAUGACGAAUUUUUGAAAGAAUGUUAUGAUAAGUAUAAAUCUGGUGAGUUAUUAUCGGGUGAAAUGAAGAAAUUAUGUAUUGAAGUAUUACAAGAAUUUGUUAAGGCAUUCCAAGAUCGUAGAAAACAAGUUGACGAAGAAUUACUAGAAAAAUUCAUGAAGCCACACAAGUUAGUUUGGGGUCAAAAGGAAAGAUUAGUUCCAGUAAAGCCAAAGGAACCAAAGAAAGAUUCUAAAAAGAAAUAA